CGUUGACACCGGCCAUCCAGCAGAUCCCCACAGAGCAGAGCAGCCUCGUACUGCCGUAUUCACAGAUCCCAGCCAGCUCUCUCUUCUCUCCCAGUUCCUGUUUCCGCCGCAGCCUUUUCUUACUCAAUCUUUCUGGAGCACCAACACAAACCCACCGGGCUGCUGCUGCUGCUGCUGCUGCUGCGUCAGACCUCCAGUCUCCUGCAGCCCCGGUCGGAUGCCGCUGCUGGAAGCCGGUGGAUCAUGUCAAGGACACAGCUCGAAUAAAAGACUCCUGUGGGAUUGGAAGAAAACAGCAAAGCGGUGCGGGACAAGCUGGUCAACAGGGAGCUGGGCGGAGGGGAGGAGACACCGAUUGGGCCUCAGACAUCGGAGCGUGCCAGCCAUGCUUUAGCACACGCAGGAAAGGCUUGAAUCACUGGAGAAACACCCGCUGCCUUUUCUUCUACACACCCCUGAGCCACAAACACACGCGUCUCCCUCCCAUCUGUCAUUUACUGCACACCAUCCCUGCAAAGAUGCCGAUGCCAAGGCUGGCGCUGCGGCACUUGUGGUGACAGGCCACAGAGUGUGUGCGCGCAUCCGGCAGGCAGGCCGGGCGGGUCGGUGGGUGUACGGGGCACACCGAGAGGCGUUUUUUGGGGUGGGCGAGGUUGCACCAUGCGGCCCUGGGCGGGUUCAUGGCGUUGGAUUACCCUGGUGCUGCUGGCCUGGGGCACGCUCCUCUUCUACAUCGGCGGUCACUUGGUGAGGGACAGCGAACACCCGGAGCGGUCCAGCCGGGAGCUCUCCAAGAUCCUGGCCAAGCUAGAGCGGCUCAAGCAGCAGAAUGAAGACCUGCGGCGCAUGGCCGAAUCGCUCAGGAUACCAGAGGGUCAGGCAGAAGCCGGGUCCCUCGCUGCAGGGCGACUGCGCUCCCUGGAGGACCAGCUAACCAGAGCCAAACAGAAGAUCCACAGCUUCCAGAAACUCACUGGAGAUGGCCCCGGGCCCACUCAGGAGGAGCUGCGGAGGAGGGUGGAGAACGGCGUUAAGGAGUUCUGGUACUUCGUUCGCAGCGAGGUGAAGAAAUUGGCCAACGCCGAGAUCAGCGAGAGGCAGAAGUACGCCGACACGCUCCUGCAGGACCUGGGACACCAGGAGAGGUCCAUCAUGACAGACUUGUACUACCUCAGCCAGGCGGACGGAGUGGGCGAGUGGAGAGUGAAGGAGGCUAAAGACCUGUCGGAUCUGGUCCAGAACAGAAUCACCUACCUACAGAACCCCCCAGACUGCAGUAAGGCGAGAAAGCUGGUGUGUAACAUCAAUAAGGGCUGUGGUUACGGCUGCCAGCUCCACCACGUCGUCUACUGCUUCAUGAUCGCUUAUGGCACCCAGCGCACGCUCAUCCUGGAGUCACACAACUGGCGCUACGCCCCCGGCGGCUGGGAGACCGUCUUCCUGCCCGUCAGUAACACCUGCACCGACCGCGCCGGGGCCACCACCGGACACUGGUCAGGAGAGGCCCACGAUAAGGACGUCCAGGUCGUGGAGCUGCCUAUAGUGGACAGUCUCCACCCUCGGCCCCCCUACCUGCCCCUGGCGAUCCCCGAGGACCUGGCCCCUCGCCUGCACCGCCUGCACGGCGACCCCUCCGUCUGGUGGGUGUCCCAGUUCGUCAAGUAUCUGGUGCGACCGCAGACGUGGCUGGAGAAGGAGAUCCAGCAGACUACCGCCAAGCUGGGCUUCAAACACCCCAUCAUCGGAGUCCAUGUGAGGAGGACAGAUAAAGUGGGGACGGAGGCGGCCUUCCACCCCAUCGAGGAGUACAUGCUGCAUGUGGAGGAGCAGUUCCAACAUCUGGCCAGACGCGUCCACAUCGACAAGAAGCGAGUUUACCUGGCAACCGACGAUCCGUCCCUGCUGCAGGAAGCCAAGACCAAGUAUCCAGAAUACGAGUUCAUCAGUGAUAACUCCAUCUCGUGGUCGGCGGGCCUUCACAACCGCUACACCGAGAACUCGCUGAGAGGAGUCAUCCUGGACAUCCACUUCCUGUCUCAGACCGACUUCCUGGUCUGCACCUUCUCCUCACAGGUUUGCCGUGUGGCCUACGAGAUUAUGCAGACGCUGCAUCCAGACGCUUCCUCCUUCUUCUACUCCCUGGACGACAUCUACUACUUUGGAGGUCAAAACGCCCACAACCAGAUCGCCGUCUACCCCCACCAGCCGCGCAACAGCGAGGACAUCCCCCUGGAGCCCGGAGACGUGAUCGGCGUGGCCGGCAACCACUGGGACGGAUACUCCAAAGGCAUCAACCGCAAACUGGGCCGCACCGGCCUCUACCCUUCCUACAAGGUCAAAGAGAAAAUCGAGACCGUGAAGUACCCGACGUACCCGGAGGCGGACAAACUGCUCAACUCUCAGAAGAAGUAAAAAGAAGAAAUGAAUUUAAAAAAAAAAUAAUAAGAGGAGGAACACGCAGACUCCGAUUCCAGGGAAGGAGAGGCUGCUUUUGUACAGAAGAGAGAGAGGCGUACUUAGUGCGCUAAGCUGGGAAGAAAAGAAGAAGCCUGUACCCAGGGGUGAUGGGGAUGAGAAUGCACUCUUGUGUGUGUUUAUGUGAGAAAGCGUGUGAGUGUGCGAAUGUGUGUAAAUGCCUGUGCAUAUGUCAGGAUCAUGGAAGACUUGCACCCUACCACCACUACUCCCCCUGCCCGGCGCUCUGAUGUCGGCUCUGUAGAGAUGUAGAUUGAUUUUAAAUAAAGCAAGAAAAACAAUUAAAAUCUACACAACUGACCGAGCUCGCUCUCCUCCGAGACUGGGACUACUACUAAGACUCCCCCAGAGAGAGCUUCGAAUCGAUGACUGAAACACAAAACAAAAAAAAAGAUGACAAACUGGAAAAAAAGUGAUUUUUAUUUAAUUCUUUUCAGUGGGUUUUUUGAUUCUAAUCUUGCCUUUCUUUUUCCUUUUCUCCUGUUUUUUGUUUACUGAAUGUACUGUAUCCUCUUCUUGCCAUGCUCACCCCCUGCUCCUCCUCCUCCUCCUCCUCCUCCUCAUCCUCUUCCUCCUGCUCCACUCACUGUGCUUCCUCCAUCUCGUCUCUCCACGUGCAAUUAAUUUUAAAAUACCAUAUUGUGCUUUUAUCGAGUGUUUUUAAACGGUCUUAAUUUGGUGCGUAUGGGGCUUGUGCAUUGUAUACUGUACAGUGUGUGUGUGUGUGUGUGUGUGGACGGAUGCGUGAUCAAGCGUGCCUGUGUGUGUGUGUGUCUAAGGGGCCAUGUCACGACCUGGUGCCUGAUUAACGGUGAGCAGUGUGUGUGUGUUUUUAUCUCCGGCUUUUCCUCCUGACUGAAUCGUGUUUGUGUGGCCGGCCGGCGGGAGGCUGGCGGCGACGACGGCGGUGGGCGGUGGGGGUCUGUCCUCAGCUCCCCCCCUCAGCACUUGGAACAACUCCAGCCACUCACGCUGGUGACCUCUCGUGAACAAUGGUAAGAUUAUGUGGUGAACUCAUGGUGAACGCACACAGACACAGGAGCCGUCCCCGAGGCUCACCAAAAAGAAGCACUCCACUGAGAUAAUGUCCUUUUUUUUUAAAGACAUCUCUUCUGUCCAUCUGUUUGUUUGUUUUUUUACUUUUGCUGUUUUAAAAAUAAAUGAGAAAAAUAUGUUUAAAAAUGAUAAUAUCAAACUCAUCAUGAAGGCUUUUUUUUCAUAACUUAUGUUCUUGGGCAUUGUCUUUGAUAACCACAGAUCGAAUAAACUUGAGAAACCAU